AUGCGAAUCUCUACUCUGCUGCAAAUUCUAAACCAAAUUUCUUUCUUUGCGAAACUAGUUAUGGCUAAAAGAGUACGAACCAAAUCAAUUGGGCAAUAUAAUUGUGUCGUUACGAUAGUAAUAAUGAAUAAAACAAUCAGCAAGUUAUUACAACAAGAAGAACCAGAUCAAGUUCAUGUUGUCAUCUUCAAAUACAACUCAACAUCCAGCUCAUACUUACAACAAUGUAGCAAGCCUUUAUUGUAUAUUCGCGACCGAUUUCGAAAGAAACUAAUUGCAGUCGAAUUGUUCCACAAGUGGUGCACCAUCAAAAUUCGACAUCAGUGUUUGAUCUAUAGGACUAAUCCUCCGUGCACAUUUGAACAAAUUAUAUUUUCUCUUAGAAGAAGGCACAUUAAAUUGCAGCUAGGCUGCCAAUCGAAUAUUGAAAUUAUCCAGCAAGCUAAAUUUGAAUACGACAAGAUAUCAGUUUUGGAAGUUUUUGACAAAGAUCUAUGCAGAAGUGUUGAUUAUAUUCAAGCACUGUACAAUACAGUAUCUUCCGAUUCAGCAAAUGAAGCUGUAAUUUGGGAAGAUAAAAGAGAAAGUGUCACAGCAAAUCAAUUUUUCGCAGAACAGAUCAAUCAUAGAUUUAUAAGAGCAAUAACAGAAGUGAAGAGAUACAAGGAAAAAGGCUUCUAUCGAGACCUGCGUUAUUAUUUAAAGUGGGUAUAUCUUUGCAUGGGAGCUCUAACAACCAUCGCGUUCGCAGCUACCGUAUCAACGCUAAUUGCAGAAUUUCAUUUCCAACGUCAACACUAUUUAGCCAAAAAUAAACCCGUUAAACUGAUUAUCAACAGAGAACUUCUAAAUCAAGUUCGAUUAGCAAAGCGUGCUUUGCAUCCCAUUGUUCCGGGGACAUGA